AUGACGUAUUUCCCGUUCGACACGCAGACAUGCGACAUUCAGCUGGCCACUUGGUCCAGCACAAAGGAUCACAUAUAUAUACAGCCUGGUGAAGACGGCUUCAAUAUCGAAUACUUCGAGACUAAUGCGAACUGGGACCUCUUGAGCGUUUCCACGUUUGAUUCCAGUGAUAAAAAGACAUCAGCACUUUCUUUCCAACUCGUACUGAAGAGAAAACCCGUGUAUUUCCUGGUAAAUUUCACCAUUCCGAUCGUCCUGUUGUCUGUCUUGAACAUGUUUGUGUUCGCGCUGCCCUGUGAGAGCGGGUAG